AUGCUACGUGGCAAGCUACCAUUCUCUGCCGAGACGCAGGACGCAACUCUGGAGAGAACGGUAAAAUGCGAUGUGUCCUACUCUGCCAAGCCGUUUGCCGAAGUAUCUCAAGGAGUAAUCGAUUUGAUGAAAGCGACGAUCAACCGUCAUGUUGAUGCUCGACCUAGUGCCUUUGAGUGUUUCUACAAAGUCUAUUCCAUGGCGAGCCCAGAAGUGAGGACAGAGCUUGAGAACAGAAGAGCUCGGAGGCUUUCCAACUUAGCACUGGCUCGUUUGGCACUGCUUCGCACGGAACUGGUUCGCACGGAACGCAAGGCACUGCUUCGCAAGGCACUGCUUCGCAAGGCACUGGCUCGCACGGCACUGCUUCGCACGGCACUGCUUCGCAAGGCACUGCUUCGCAAGGCACUGGCUCGCACGGAACUGGUUCGCAUGGCAAUGGCACUGGUUCGAACAGUUUGUUCCCGGGCAGCUUGGCGGAAUCAGUUCGCCUGUGCAGCCCAUUUUUGCAUCCGGUAUGGUUCGAGCAUCUGGAUCACGGCCUUCACGGACUUCACGGACAUCUCGGACCUCCGGUGCGUCUCGAAUAUCCCGGGUAUCACCGCCAGCCUCUCCAGCGGUGUCAGAGCGGACCGAGGAUCAGACUGA